AUGGCAUGCUAUAAGAAAAACAAAGAACGGCAACCAUGUCCAAAUGACAUACCAAGCGAACUCUGGAAGGAAUGCUUACGAUUCAGCGCCCUUGAGUGGCAGGCCUCUUCAAUCAGGUCAUCAAAGCUAAGAGCAUGCCCUAAGAGUGAUCAAGGAGCACAGCGGCUCCGAUAUGGUGAAACAAAAGCCGACAUCGCAGACUGUUCAACAUACUGGCCAAUCCGACCAACGAGCCACACCCUGAAGAUCUUCGAAAGAGUACUGUACUUGAAACACGACUUCGAGCGAUCAUAG